UGAUCAAUGUGGUUACAUGAGCACCUUGUUAUGACUCCUAUAUCAACAUCUGGGACACUAGGUAGGAUGAUCAAUGUGGUUACAUUAGCACCUUGUUAUGACUCCUAUAUCAACAUCUGGGACACUAGGUAGGAUGAUCAAUGUGGUUACAUUAGCACCUUGUUAUGACUCCUAUAUCAACAUCUGGGACACUAGGUAGGAUGAUCAAUGUGGUUACAUUAGCACCUUGUUAUGAUGACUCCUAUAUCAACAUCUGGGACACUAGGUAGGAUGAUCAAUGUGGUUACAUUAGCACCUUGUUAUGACUCCUAUAUCAACAUCUGGGACACUAGGUAGGAUGAUCAAUGUGGUUACAUUAGCACCUUGUUAUGAUGACUCCUAUAUCAACAUCUGGGACACUAGGUAGGAUGAUUAAUGUGGUUACAUUAGCACCUUGUUAUGACUCCUAUAUCAACAUCUGGGACACUAGAGACCCCCGGAAGCCCUUGGUGGCACUCUCUGCAGUCGCCGGAGCUUCUCAAGUCAAAUGGAACAGAAAGAACCAGAACGUCCUGGCCUCCAGUCAUGACGGAGAUGUCCGCAUAUGGGACAGAAGGAAACCCAACACAGCGGUGGAGUAUGUAGCCGCCCAUCUGUCCAAGAUCCACGGGCUGGACUGGCACCCGGACAACGAGUACAUCCUGGCCACGUCUAGUCAGGACAACUCUGUCAGGUUCUGGGAUUACAGACAGCCGAGAAAGUGCCUCAACAUCUUAUCGUGCCAGGUACCGGUGUGGAAGGCACGAUACACACCCUUCUCCCACGGCCUGGUGACGGUCAUGGUUCCCCAGCUGCGCCGGGAGAACAGCCUGCUGCUGUGGAGCACGCUGGACCUCAACAGCCCCGUCCACGCCUUUGUGGGCCAUGACGACGUGGUCCUGGAGUUCCAGUGGCGCCCGCAGAAAGAAGGCUCCAAGGACUGCCAGCUGGUCACCUGGUCCAGAGACCAGACCCUGAGGAUAUGGCGCGUGGAUCCACAGCUGCAGAAGCUGUGUGCCAACGACACGGUGGAGGAGCUGCUGGAGGGCGUGGCCCUCAGCAUGGAGCCGGAGAGGACCCAGUCCUCCCAGGACCUGGAGCCCCAGCAGAGCACAGCCCCCUUGGCUGAAGACCUGCACGACCCGGAGCAGGCGGCCCUGGGCUCCAGCGGGGCGCCCCAGACCCUGCAGCAGGAGUUCUCCUUGGUCAACCUGCAGAUCAGGAACGUCAACGUGGAGAUGGAUGCUCUAAACCGGAGCUGCGUGGUCUCCGCCCACCUGGGCAGCCACCAGGUGCGGCUGGUGGUGAAGUUUCCCGCCCAUUACCCCAACAACGCCGUGCCUACCUUCCAGUUCGUCUCCCCCACCAGCAUCCCCUCUGCCAUGAGGACCAAGAUCCAGAAGAUUCUAACGGACACGUCACUGCAGAAGGUAAAGAGGAACCAGAACUGUCUGGAGCCGUGUGUGCGACAGCUGAUGUCCUGCCUAGAGUCGGACAUGACCCAGGAAGACGGUCCGCCCGCCAGCCCCUACGUCCUGUCGAACCCGGUGACCCCCGCCCUGCCCGCCUUUCCCAGGGUCACCAACACCUACGGAUCCUACCAGGACGCCAACAUCCCCUUCCCCCGCACCUCUGGAGCGCGCUUCUGCGGCACUGGCUGCUUGGUCUACUUCACGCGACCAAACACCAUGCACCGCUCGGUCCCGGCCUCCGAACCCACGCCGAGGUCCCUGUCGGCGCUGUCUGCGUACCACAGCGGGGUGCUGACCCCCAUGAAGAUGCGCACCGAGUCUCAGAGCACCCUGAGGUUGUACAGCGGGAGCCCCACCCGCUCCGACAAGGACACCGUGUCCAUCUCCUCCUUCUAUUACAAGGAGCGGAAGCCCCCAAUGUCUGCCCUCCGCCGUUGGUCUGUCCAAACUAUCCAUGACUACCCGAAAUCCCGGAGGUUCAAGACCAAGCGCGAGGGGAGCGACUCCAGCAACCGACCCAUCAAGCUGGCGGGGAAGGUCAUCAUCCAGGAGAUCUCCUGCCUGCUGCCGGUCCAUCGAGCACUGGGAGAGAGCUACAUUCUGAACGUGAGUGACAUCCAGGACACGUGUCAGAAGAACGCUGCCGCCGCGCUGGUAGUGGGCCGACGGGACGUGGCCAAGGUGUGGGCCCUGGCGUCCGCAGCCACCAGCCAGGACCUGGGACCGGACCCGGACCCGGACAUCGACACCCCCUGGGCCAGGCACCCCUUUGGACGACACCUGCUGGAGACUCUGCUGGACCACUACAGCCAGAUGAGUGACGUCCAGACCCUGGCCAUGCUGUGCAGCGUGUUCAGAGCCCAGGGACCUCCGGACGCCCCCUGCGGUCAGCAGCUGCCUCGCUCCGCCCUCCUCCCCCACCACUCGCGCUACCCCAGCUUCACAUCCAGCUCCCUGACCUCCGGCUCCUGCUCCAGUACGUCCGACUCCGUCCCCGUCGCCCCCUGGAACCCCGCAACAGGCCGGGACUCUGAGCAUGGGGGUCCUUGGGGCGAGUCGUCACCUGAUGACUAUCGCUACGGCAACCAGGCCUACUCGGACCCGCGAGAACGAGAACGGGAGCAGCACGACAUGAACAAGAGGCUCCUGGACCCCACCCAUGUGCUGCAGUUUGAUGACUUUAAGAAGUGCUACGGGGAGAUCCUGCACCGCUGGGGGCUGAAGGAGAAGAGAGCCGACGUGCUCAAGUUCACCUCCUGCCCUCCUGAACCACACAAGGGGAUCGAGUUCGGGGUGUUCUGCUGCCACUGCCGCUCUCAGGCGCGCGGGACGCAGUGCGAGGUGUGCCGGCGGCUGACCUUCCAGUGCGCUGUCUGCCACGUGGCCGUGCGCGGAGCCUCCAACUUCUGCCUGAGCUGCGGCCACGGCGGCCACACCAGCCACAUGAUGGACUGGUUCAACCGUCACGACCAGUGCCCUGCGGGCUGCGGCUGCCACUGCCUCCAGCAGAGCACCUACUAACCCUAACCCUGCUAGCCCUAACCCAUCCAACCCAAAACCAUCUAACCUGACCAUAACCCAUCCUACCCUAACCCAUCCAAACCCUAACCCUUAUAACCCAACUCUAACCCAUCAAACCCUUGCCCUUUUAACAUAACCCUAACCCAUCUAUCCCCUUCAGCCUAACUCGCAACCUUACCCUGCUAAUCCUAACCAUUUUGACCCUACCCCUUACCUCAACCCAGUUAAUUUGGGAUCUGUUCGAUGAAGCAGGUUGUCUUUUGGCCGUGUGCUUGCGAGCCGUAUUAUUGAAAACCAGAAGAUUGUAACUUCAGUUCUUUGAAUAUACUGUCACCCACAAAUGAAAAGCUACAGUUGGGCUGUGAUAAAUGGAAAAACUACCUUAAAACUGUUUGUUCUAUCUGUAUAUUGAAAUUUUGUAAAAACUACUUACUUUUACCGUCUUCUUUUUCACAUUCAAUUUACAUAGUGAUGUUGAUUUAUCACCUUAGCUUGUGUGCCUCAAAAAAACAAGUAGGCUCAUUAUACACCAGUACAGAGUGGACGACACGUAACAUUGUCAGCCUAUUUUACGUUUGGACGUUUAGAGUUCAAAAGGCUAAAUGGUCCCAAUACCAAUGUCCGGACUCAGACUUUGCUGUGCGUUCUCGCGCAAAUAAGGCUUCAGGGCUGUGCAAUGUCGAAUUCCAAAGGGCUUGGGGGUUUGAGUCCACACUUGCCCACUGCACCGUCAGUCAAAGGACUCAGAAGGCGUGGCUGACGGAUGGGGGAGGUUUCCAGGUUCGUCAGAGCCUGACGCCUCGUGCCCACUGCACCGUCAGUCAACGGACGUGGGAAGGCGUGGCUGACAGAUGGGGGAGUAGUCUUUGCAGAUGCAUCCGUCAGCCAAUCAAAUCGGUUCGCCGGGUUCUUCCUGCUUCUUCCUGCUUGUUGCGAGGCAAGAUGACCCGCUUUCCCGCUUUCCAGUAUCGUCAGAGCCCGAGUCGCGUCACAGUGCUUACAUUUGCAUACGCGAUCUGAUUGGAUAACGGAACCGUCGCUGCCGAAAAAGUUGAAAAUUGUUCAACUUUCUGACGGUGGCGAACGCUCCAACUGAACGGACGGAUCCACAAUGCAUUGCGCGUCCGUCCCCAUUCAAAGUCAAUGGGCAACGGACAACUGACGGAGGUAGUGGGCACGGGGCGUGAGUAGUGUCAGUGCUUAAAUUUGCAUACGUGAUCCGAUUGGAUGACGGAUCCGUAGCUGCUGAAAAAGUUGAACAUUUUUCAACUUUUUGACGGAGCCUUCAGCGCACGGAUCCACAAUGCAUUGCGCGUCCGUCCCCAUUCAAAGUCAAUGGGGAUCAGUCAACGGACGGAGGCAGUGGGCACGAGGCGAAGCGAAACCCGAGCCCUUUCCGUGAGACGGCAUCACCCACAGUUCAAAGCGUUGUGACGUUUACAGCGGAGACCAUAGGGAAAUCCGGAAAUUAGGAAGGUAAACACGUCGCUACUGUCAAUGCGCGACCAGAUGGGAAUUUUGGAUCAGCUCACCAACAAGAGCCAGCUCCUCUGCCUCCCGCCUCCCAAACGGCUCUUCAUAUUACCAAUACCUUUUAGAAUUCAGCCAAAUGUAGUGUCCUGACUUAUGAUUAGUAUCUGUAGGCCAAUAAGCACCUAAAUUAUUCAAUACAUCCUUUAUACUGAAGUAUUCAAAAGUAUAAAAUAUAUUUUCUAAUAUCAAUAAAUCUGAAUUUAGUAGUACAUUAUAUCUAUAUGGUAACAGUAUCAUAAAGUGCCUUCUGGCUCCUCCAGUGGAUCUAAGGGUUAUCUUUUCAGCGAGCGGUCUAAUGUAGAUGUUGAAAGUAAUAAGUAGAAAAAUCGGCAAAAUUAUGCUUGAUAAUUGAAUAUUUUAUUUAACAACUUCAAUCUUAUUUUUCCAUAAGUUUGCAGCUUGAAUAAAGUGUGUCCCACUGUUUAAAUCCAGCGUAGGAACCAAAGCAGUCUUAACCAGCGAAUGGUGUCCAAUGUCCUGGGUCAUCACAUCCUAAAGCAGUGAACGCAGCAGCUGAAAAAAGUACUGUUCAGUUUCAUCAUAUUAUACACAACGUUUGAAUUAAAACAAUAGAAAGGAAAUAACAGGUAAAAACAACCUACCAAGAAAACCAGUAAAAAUCAAGCAGAUAUAUAAACAAUUUCUAACAAUGGCUGGAGAGUGAAUGAAACCAUGAACCAAGUGAGUGAAUGAAACCCUGAACCAGUGAGUGUCCAGCAUCCUGGUCUUCAUCUCACGGCUCAGCGGAGUCACGUUGAACAACAAAUCACAACGUGAAAAGCCUUCUAGACGGCCUGUUUCUCCUUGGGAGGAGGUUGAGGAUGAGGAGCAGGAGGAGCGGGAGGUGGAGCGGGAGAUAUGAGGUCAAGGUGGUAUGGUAUGGGGGUCUAGGGGGUCCAGGAAGUCCAACCCUAGAAUUAUGCCCACCUGUUCGCUGUAUUUUCUACGAUAUUUGACAUUUAGUGGAAGAAAAGAAAACGUCCAUUUUGUCACAUGAAGGAUUUACAUGCGUUUGCUGUCACAUGUCACAUCGGGGGGGGGGGGGGAAUCCAAAGACUCAUUUAUAAACAUAUGCAAUGUAUAAAUGACCGGGUUUUACAGUCCACAGAUAAAUAAACAAACCAAGCCCAGAACACAAACCUCUCUUCACAAACCCCUUAAUUUAGACUUUCACUUUCUGAUUGCAUGGGGAGACCUUCGUCAAUCUGUCUGAGGAACCAACAUGUUGGCUCCAGGUGGAACUCCUACAGGUUUUUCACAGGGUGUGAGAGGGACGGGGGCUGUCCUACUGGUGGGCACACUGCACCCCGGGGCCGUGGUGGCCCCCCUCCUCAUCAGAGCUGUCGUUGUAGGCCUCUCGCCGCCCGCCCCCCGAGGAGCCCUGGCCCGCGUCGUAGUCCUGCAGGUCCACCUCCUCCGUCUCGCCGCUGAUCACCGGCUCCUCGGACCGCGAGGGCAGCAGGUCCUCCAGCUCCUGAGGAGAACACACCGCCGUCAGCUGAAGAGUGAACCGGAGCUACCCCUAACCCUACUGAACCUUUACUAAUCCAACCCCUCGGUGUACAGAGAACUACUAAACCUUUACUAAUCAAACCCCUUAUGUACAGAGGACUACUAAACCUUUACUAAUCAAACCCCUCAUGUACAGAGGACUACUAAACCUUUACUAAUCAGACCCCUCAUGUACAGAGGACUACUGAACCUUUACUAAUCAUACCCCUCAUGUACAGAGGACUACUGAACCUUUACUAAUCAAACCCCUCAUGUACAGAGGACUACUGAACCUUUACUAAUCAAACCCCUCAUGUACAGAGGACUACUAAACCUUUACUAAAUUCCUCCUGGACAUUAAUCAACAAAUGAAUAUGAGGCUUUUAAUUUUUUUUCUGAUCUGAACGGCCUCUCCAUAACCUCCAACCCUUAACCUCCAACCCUUAACCUCCAACCCUUAACC